AAGAGAAAGUCGUUCUCUGUCAAUUAAAACAAAUCUAAUCUUUGCGUCGUCACCGUUUGAGUUCGUCUCUCUUCUCUCUAGGGUUCUUCUUCUUCUACAGGCUUCCGCUAAACAUGAGCCGUCAUCCUGAAGUUAAGUGGGCCGAGACCAUUGACAAGAUUUUCCUCACCGUAGUAUUAGCGGAUUCCAAGGAGACUAAAGUUAAUCUUCUCCCAGAAGGAGUCUUUGAUUUCUCCGCAAAAGCUGGUCCUGAAAAUCACGUUUAUGAACUUAAACUCGAGCUUCACGAUAAAGUCAACGUUGAGGAAAGUAAGAUCAACAUUGGAGAAAGAAGCAUCUUCUGCAUAAUAGAAAAAGCAGAGCCAGCAAGGUGGGACAAGCUAAUCCGUGGAGGGAAAGCGCCACACUAUGUUAAGGUUGAUUGGGACAAGUGGGUAGAUGAGGACGAUGAAGGCAACGCUGGUGCCGGAGAUAUGGAUAUGGGAGGAAUGGGUGGAAUGGGUGGAAUGGAUUUCUCGAGCUUGGGUGGAAUGGCUGGACUUGAAGGACUUGGCGGCAUGGGUGGACUUGAAGGACUUGGCGGCAUGGGUGGUAUGGGAGGCAUGGGUGGUAUGGGUGGUAUGGGAGGCAUGGGUGGUAUGGGUGGAAUGGGUGGCAUGGAAGAGUUUGAAGACAGUGAUGAUGAAGAAGAAACCGCAAACUCUGGAGACAAGAAAGAUGAAGCUGCCAAGGAAGAAGCGAAGGCAGAAGAACUCACAACAUCUGCUAAGGAAGACAAGUGAAGACCACUGUUUCAGAGAGGAAACCAUAUGGUUGGUACUGUUAGCUUUCAGGGUUUAUGAAGCUCUUUUUUAGUUAAAAUGUUGUCACUCUGUUUUGCUUUUACGGAUUUGUUUUUCACUUUUAAGUAUGCAUUGUUGUGUGGUUGGUUAUAUGGUUGGUUCCAGAUGAUCUCAGACUUGCAAUUUUUGGCAGUGACAAGUUUCUGUGGAAACCUUUUCUAUGUCUAUUGCCAAGACUAUCUUUUUUACAACA